UGUACUGUAAGAUGGUGGCUAGAAGGUGCCGCUGCAACACACUCUGAGGCUGAAAGAAAAGGGCAAGGCAUAUUCUCAACAAAUCAGAUCAGAGCUGAAAAAUAAACGCAGAAAGAAUUCAAGGUGCCUGCUUACACAAAACUUGGGCAGUUUGAAAGAUAACCAUUCCCCGCCCCCCUUGGUGUGAAUUUCCCUUGGAGAGGAAUCCCAGCUAUAGAGAGACAGGCCCCGCCGCACCCAUUGGCCGUACCGUAGGAUGUCCCGCAGCCCUGAGGUUAAGGACGACUCCAUGGAGUGCCCGCUGUGCAUGGAGCCCCUGGAGAUCGACGACGUCAACUUCUUCCCCUGCACCUGCGGCUACCAGAUCUGCCGCUUCUGCUGGCACCGCAUCCGCACCGACGAGAACGGGCUCUGCCCCGCCUGCCGAAAGCCUUACCCAGAAGACCCUGCGGUGUACAAGCCGCUGUCCCAGGAGGAGCUGCAGAGGAUAAAGAACGAGAAGAAGCAGAAGCAGAACGAGCGCAAGCAGAAGAUGACGGAGAACAGGAAGCACCUGGCCAGCGUGCGUGUGGUGCAGAGGAACCUGGUGUUCGUGGUGGGCCUGUCCCAGAGGCUGGCCGACCCCGAGGUGCUGAAGAGGCCGGAAUAUUUUGGGAAGUUUGGGAAAAUCCACAAAGUGGUGAUCAACAACAGCACAUCCUACGCCGGUUCACAGGGUCCUAGUGCCAGUGCCUAUGUCACGUACAUUCGGUCCGAAGACGCGCUCAGAGCUAUACAGUGCGUCAACAAUGUAGUAGUGGACGGAAGGACGCUCAAGGCCUCUUUAGGUACAACAAAAUACUGCAGCUACUUUCUGAAGAGCAUGCAGUGCCCCAAACCGGACUGCAUGUACCUGCACGAGCUGGGGGACGAGGCGGCCAGCUUCACUAAGGAGGAGAUGCAGGCGGGGAAGCACCAGGAGUAUGAGCAGAAGCUUUUACAGGAGCUCUACAAAAUGAACCCCAGCUUACUACAGACCUCAGCCGGGGGAGGGGAGAAGACCAAGGGCAAAUCAGGCUCUUCACAAAGGGCCAACAGCGGCGGCAAAGAGGCGUGGCCAUCGUUACAGGGCUCGGGGAAGACGGCCAAUGGGCUGGCCCCGGAGCACCGCAAGACGCCGCCGCUGCCGGACGGCUGCUCCGACUCGGAGCACAUGACCCCGGACGGGCCCGACGGCGAGCUGGGCCUGGGCCCCGGGGCCGCCCUCUCUCCCUUCUCCUCCAACUGCGACCCCGCCAGCCCCAGCGACAAACCGCCGGAAUCCAUAAGUAUAGGAAACGGCGAAAAUUUACAACAGAUCAGCAGCCGGGACUCCCCCUCGCCCCCCCCGGGGCUCCCCAGGCCCGCCCUGGUGGUCCCCAUCAGCGUGUCGGACCUGACGGCGCGGUCCCCGUUCGAGGGGGCGGCGGCCGAGUCCCAGUCGCUCUUCUCCGACAACAGCAACUUCCGGCACCCCAACCCCAUCCCCAGCGGCCUGCCCCCCUUCCCCAGCUCCCCCCAGGCCAGCUCUGAUUGGCCCACCGCCCCCGAGCCCCAGAGCCUCUUCACUUCAGACACCAUCCCCGUGUCGUCGUCCACAGACUGGCAGGCGGCGUUCGGGUUCGGGUCCUCCAAGCAGCAGGAGGACGACCUGGGGUUCGACCCGUUCGACAUCACGCGCAAGGCGCUGGCCGACCUGAUCGAGAAGGAGCUGUCGGUGCAGGACCAGGGCCCGCUGUCGCCCGGCGCGCUCCACAGCCCCCUGCACGGCCUCCCCGCCAAGGGCCUGCCCCGCUCCGGCCUCCCGCCCCCCAACGCCCACUUCCCAAACUCGGGCCUGCCCCCGCGCUUCUCCCAGCUCCAGCACCGGGCCGUCUUCAGCUCCUUCAGCUUCCCCGGCCAGCGCCCCCGCCACCCCUGGAUGGGGCUGCCCUCCCGAAACAACCUGGCGCACUUGAACCACGCGGCCAACGCCGCCUCAAAUAGCAAUUUCUUGGACUUGAGUUUGUCGGCACAGCACAGUACAGGGCUAGGAGGGAUACCCAUCACAGAAAACAGCGCUUCUGUAGAGAGUAUAAAUGUGAAAGAGUGGCAGGACGGACUGCGGGCCCUCCUGCCCAACAUCAACAUCAACUUCGGGGGCCUGCCAAACUCUUCUUCCUCUUCCUCCUCAUCCUCGUCAUCCAGCGUCAACCACACGGGGGCGCCGGGCCACCCCGGGGGGGUCUCGCACAGUUUAAGCUGGGACGGGACGGCCAGCUGGAUGGACCCCGCCAUUAUCACAGGUAUCCCGGCGUCCGCGGGGAACAGUCUGGAGUCCCUCCAGGACGAGAACCCGCCACACUGGCUCAAGUCGCUGCAGGCGCUCACAGAGAUGGACGCUCCCGGCUCCACAGCCCCCCCCCAGCCCCCACACAGCGCCUCCUUCGGGGGCGCACAGAUUCCCCUCCACAGAGGCGGCUGGACCCCGUACACAGCGCCCCCCCCCAACCCCGCCGGCCCGUUCCACUCCCCCCCGCCCGGCUUCCAGACCGCCUUCAGACCUCCAGCCCAGACCCCCACAGACCUGCUACAGACCGCAGCCAUGGACCGCCACUAGGGGGCAGCGCCACUUACACAGGCCCAACCACAGACACCAAUCAGCAAUUACACAAACAAAUCUAUUAACAAAAUAAUAACAAAUAUAUAUUUUUGUCUUCUCAUUUCUGAUCUCUUUUUGGUUUUUUUUCCCCCUCAAUGCCCUGGUUUUUUUUUCUCCUCCUCCCCUUAUUCAUUUUGACCACGCCCCCCCGGUCCAGCCCCAUGUUCUGGUCCUGUUGGAAUGUUGACCCUGGUUGCUUUUCCGCGAAAGCGUUUGGGAUUACCGCGAGGGUGUUUGAAUGAGAACAGGCACCUCUCCUCUGAGCCUAGCCAGACCCCCCCCCCCCCCCCCCGGCCCUGCGAAAGGAGUGGACUGUAGGUUAUUUUACUAACGGUCAGGUCCAGAUGUAGGCGCCUCCACAUGUUGUGCAAGAAUGGUGUAAAACAAAAAAA